AUGCGAUUCAUCACUGUCCGCUCCACCCCUCUGCUAGCCCUGGCGCUGGCCACCCUCCUCUUCCUCCUCCAGCUCACCCACGCCCUCCCCGUAACCACCACCGAACUCAUCCCCGUCCACCCAGAGAACGCCCUCGCCAGAAGAGGCUGCAUCCCCAGCAAGCCCAGCAAGCCCACGAGCCCCGCCAGGACCACCACCUUCACCUACAGCGUCGACAACAUCAAGGAAGCGAUCAACAAGGUCGGGCGCUUCGACAUGGAUACCAACACGUGCCUCUUCUACCUCGGACUCGGAGGCGCCACGGGUCAGAAAAGGGCCCUGGACUGGUGGAAGGACAACAGGCCCGCGAGCGCGUCCAGCCAGGCGGGCGUUGUCUGGGGCAAUCUGCUGGCCGACUCCUACGCCAACGCGGUGUGGAACGCCAACUACGACCAGAAGCUGCCGGACCCGGCCAACCGGGGGCAGGAGGUUGACGCGGGGCUGGUGUGGGGCGGCUUGGUGUCCCAGGCGUUGGGCGAGGCCUGCAGCGGCACCGUGUACUUCUUCACGCCCGAGAGCAACGACGGAACCGACCCCGUCACGAACGUGUGGAACGUGUACGAGCAUCCCGCGCUGACCCGCAACGCCAAGGUGCAGCAGAUCAUCAAGGUCGACCCCGACACCAGUAGCCAGGUGGUGAUCUGGACCAAGGGAGAUGCCCCGUAUGGGCCCGUGCCGCCGGGAACGGGCUAUUCGCAGAUGAAGACCUUGGAUAAGGCCUUGUAUCCUGUUCUACCCUGA